AUAGCCAAAUGAGUGACGAAGUGGUGAGAGAUAUGAGUGCCCUCUAUCGGGCAGCACGUCGUGGGGAUGUGCAAGCUUUGGAGCAUUUGUUGCAGCAAAACGCAUCCAUCCUUGACAACGUUCCAGAUGACGGCUGUGAAACUCCCUUACACAUAUCUGCACUGCUAAAUCAUGCUUCAUUCACACAGGUUCUUCUAAAUCGUAAUGGUGACCUCGCCACCAGAAAGGAUGCCUCUGGAAGAACAGCCCUCCACUUGGCUUCUGCAGAGGAUAGCCUGGAGGCCGUGCAGACACUGCUAGAAUUUAAUGAUGAGCCAUGCUUGGUUGCUGAUGGAAAAGGAAGACUUCCUCUGCACUAUGCAGUUAUGAGGGGGAGGACAGAGGUUGUGGAAGCGUUGGUCAUAGCGCGGCCAGGUUCUCUAGGUUGUCUUGACCCAGAAGAGAACACUGUUUUUCACUUGUGUGUCACAUACAACCAUUUCAAGACUCUGAAAGCAUUGGUGAAAUUGGACUAUGCCACUGCCAAUGUUACUGUAGGCGUGCCUCGUCGUCCCAUAUUUAGGCGCCCUGAUCGUACAGGAAACACCAUUCUCCAUUUAGCCGUCACGUGCAUGCGAGAUGAGGUUGUCAGGUAUGUGCUGUCAAUUCCAGAAAUAAGAGAAAUAAAAAACCAGCAGAACAGUGAGGGCCUUACAGCCCACGCUAUACUCACAUAUGUGUGUCCAAAAGACUGGAAAAUCGAUGAAAUAAAACCCAUGUUGGAAAAGGACAGGGAAGGAAAUUGUUUUAUGAAGAUUUUAGAAUGGAUGCUAUGCUGGACGAAGUAUGGGGGUACUACUAAUUUUGUAAAAGAGAUGAGGGGAAGUCUUAGUGCGGCAUCUAUUUUCAUAGCAACUGUAAGCUUUCAAGCUUUAAUUAAUCCACCUGGAGGCUUCAUUCAACAAGGUUUAUUAUCCCAAGGCAAUACCACAAACUCAUCAUCCGACGCCCUCAACUGCACCACCCUUAAUGAUCUUCAUCAGUAUUGUCCCGGACAACCAGUCUCAUCCUUUCGUCACCAACAAGGAUUUCGGUACUAUGUGGAAGAUAUUACUCUCUCUUUCUAUGGAUCAAUUUGUGUUACCCUCUUGCUUGCAAGUGGAGUUCCUUUGCAGAACAGUGCGGUCGUAUGGAGUCUAUCCUUGGGCAUGUUGUCCACUCUCUUCUUUCUUGCAAAUGCAUACCUCGACGCCCUCGACUUUAUGAUCCCAGAACAUCUUUUGGCAUCCGAACUGGGGACCGUCACUCGCUGCGCAUCUAAAUUGCCUUUUAUGAUUUAUUUCAUUCUAACGCUUCCGUUUUCUUGGAUCUGGGCUUUUCAAUUCAUAAUUAAGCAUCGAAUGAGAAGAUUAUUAAGAAGCUGAAGUUAACAAGUUGCUGCUGAUCGAUCUGUAUCUGCCAAUUAAUGCCCGUCUUUGUUGUCGGCAAGAGAAAAGCAAUAGAUCAUGCAGGAGUUGCUUUUAUAAUUAUCGCUUCGGAGAAUUGGAAGAAAAAUUCGGGGAUCCCUCUAAUUUCCUUCGCACCCACAGGCUAACCCGUGAAGUCGAUUUCUUCAUUCCCCUGCUUCUUGCUUUUGUAAUUCCUCCUGCUCUGUUUCUUGACUGUACUGGAUUGUAAAGAGGAGUCAGUACAGAGCAUGCGAAGGAGAUUAGGAGGCAAGAUUCCAUGCCACGUGGAGCUGACACUUUUGCCCCUACUGUUUUCCCAUAUAUAUGUAAUAAAAUUUCAAG